GAGAGGAAGAGAGAGAAGGAGGCAGAGAGGAGGAGAAAGAAAGCGAGAAAGACCAGAACAACAAGACAGAGCAUGCCUGAAGAAGCGGUAUCUGACGUUUGUUCCUCACAUAGUUUGGAACAUUGUGACUUCUCCACACUCCUUGAGAUAUGAGACUCACAGACUAAAAAAAGUUUUUUUAGCAGCAGAAUUAUUUUACAUUCUCAGCCUGGUCCGCGAUGAGUGCCUCUGCAGGGACAGGAGUGUUUGUGCUCUCCUGGAUGUCCAUCCCAAUCUGCUGUUUAUUUAAUUCCCUCAUAGCCAACAGCGCUCAAGCUUUCAUCUUCGCUGGGUGUUCAACAGUCAUCAUCCUGGCAAUUUCACGUGUUAUGUUCAAGAACAAAGCUCCAGCAGAUCCUCUAUUCUAUGUGUAUGCAGUGUAUGCCUUCUUCAGUGUGGUGAAUCUGAUCAUUGGGUUGGAGCAGGACAACAUCAUUGAUGGAUUUGUGACAUUUUACCUCAGGCAGGCAGAUCCACAUAUUAACACAUCACAUGGGCACAUGAUCUCCUACUGGGAUGGCUGUGUUCAUUAUCUCAUGUAUCUGCUCAUGAUUGCUGCAAUUACUUGGGGGGACAGUUACCGAGCCAUUGGUCUAUACUGGGUGGGAUCUUUUCUCAUGCGUGCCAUAGUCUACAUUCUUGGGAAUACUGUGGGAAAGCAUGGGACUGAAGUUAAUUAUUUCUUCCUCCUCCACAUGCUAUACAUCUCAGUGUCUGUUUGGGCCUGCUUCCGCAUCUUCAGUCAGCCCUCCACACAGGAAGUUAAGUUGACAGAGGCUGAAGGGAAAAGUUUACUACACAGACCUCUGGACUUACUGUUCAUCAUCUACCUCAUCCCCGCCUUUGCUUUCUGUGUCUUCAGAGGCCUGGUUGUUCUGGACUGUUCCAGCAAAUGGUGUCAAGAAUACACACAGCAGUAUGAGCCUUACCUGAAGGACCCUUCUGCCUAUCCUAAAGCACAGAUGCUGGUGGGCAUGCUGUACUCUGGACCGUACUACAUCAUUACACUCUACGGGCUGAUCGUCCCAGGAUGUGAGUGGAUGCCAGACCUGACUCUUGUACACUCUGGAGCUCUGGCACAGGCCCAGUUCACUCAUAUUGGUGCGUCACUUCACACACGGACACCGUUCUCAUACAGAGUGCCUGCUGGCGGCCAGCCUGUCUUCUUGCUGGUCAAUAUCCUGUAUGCUCUGAUGCCUCAGGCUCUCUGCUACCGCUGUCGCACCAGGCCUUCCUUCUUCCUCAGGCCAACGGCAGAUAAGAAGAAUAAAUGAAAGAGAUGCAGCAUGAGAGAGUGCCAGGGAUGUCAUUGAUGCAUAAAUAAAAGACUUGCAACGUACUGCUCUCACUCUUUGCAGUUAGUAGCAGAUGCUAUUUUUGGAGGGGAAGCCACCACCACCUUAAUGAGGGCUAAGUGGAGGUAUUGGAAACAUGACAAAGUAAUCCAGGGGUCCCACACAAAAUGAUCGUUGUUCUUACCGUUUUGACAAGUUUAUUGGUAACAAUACUUUUAACUUGAUGACACGGACAUUUCUGUGCAGUGAAUAUUGUGCCAAUAGUUUGGAAAAUAUAUAAAUUAACAUGUCUGUAUGCUUUAUAAUAUAGAAUACAAUCUAUAUUACAUAUAAAUAUUCAACCUUUAAAAUGGCAAUAUGUAGAAAUCUGUUUUUUAUAUUCAGAAUGCCUUGUUUGGUACUAUCCACACUGAAAGAAUAUGCUAUCAUUUGUAUUCACUUACCACUGAUUUGUUUUUCACUUUCAAGGGAAUUGUAAUUAUAUUAGACAAUUAUUGUCCUGUCUUUACAAGCAAAUACAUUGGAGUUCAGUUCUUGACAGUCUUUUUGGGCCGGUUGUUUUGCCUUAUUUGAAAAGAGGUGUAAAAGGACGACAGAGUAUAUGCUGUACUACUGACUGUAAGCCCCUUGGGAAAGUGUAUGAUUUGUGAUACUAGACUAAAUAAAUAAUAUUUCCUGA